UGAAACUAUCUAAAUCUAUCUCCCUCGUGGAAUAAUCUUCAUCAUCUUCAUCAUGACUCUUGAAGAAGUUCUGAUCCAGAAGCCCAUCGAGCGUGCCCAGUGCACCGGUAACGCCUUGGAAGAGGUCCUGGUGGCCGCUAAAGAAAACGACUCCCUGACUGUUGGUGUCUACGAGUGCGCCAAAAUUAUGAACCUUGAUCCAGACAGCGUGUCUUUCUGCGUCCUGGCCACGGAUGAGGAGUUCGAGUGCGAUAUUGCUCUGCAGAUCCACUUCACCCUCAUCCAGUCCUUCUGCUUUGACAACGACAUCAGCAUCGUGAGAGUGAGCGACAUGCAGCGUCUGGCUGAGAUCGUUGGAGACAAGGCGGAGCAGCUUGAAGAUGCCCACUGCGUCCUCAUCACGAACCCAGCUGAAGGGUCUUGGGAGGACCCUGCUCUGGCGAAGCUGCACCUGUUCUGUGAGGAGAGCCGCAGUCUCAACGACUGGGUUCCUGAGAUCAGCCUCCCUGGGCGCUGAUCGGGCCUCGGCUCCUCUCUAUGCUCAGAUGCUGUUAAAGCUUCUCAUCUAGGAAUACUCAUCCUGACGGAUGACCCUGUUUCUGCUCAUCCCUGGAUACUCCUGAGGAGGAUUUCCGUCCAGGCAGCACGGCGCCGGCCCAAGGUGGCCCCCCGUGAACCGUCGCCUCUUGUCCCGUCCAUGCCAAGAUGACUCUCCUUCUUUAUGUGAAUGAGAGUCCGGUAUGCCACAAGAGCGACGCAUCGACCCUCAUUCUUUGUGUGGAUGAGGUUUGGAGAGGGAGGAGAUGCGAGUUUUGCUUCCUGUGGUCCCACAGAGCAAACGUCGCACGUUGAAAGCACGCGCAGCAGGAGAAGAAGCGGUGCUGAGGAAGAGGUGGUCUAAAAAAGAGACUUUUUGAAGACGACCUCUUCGCUGAGUAACAUGACAACAGUUGCAAUCAGCGGAUAUGUUUCCCACUUUCCAGAAUUGUCUUAAUUCUCUAAAGGUUUCACUUUAGAAAUUUAACGAUGACAAAAAAUAUUCUAAAACAAUAAAAACAACAUUAAAGACAAAGUUUGUUCUCUAAAGGUUUCACUUUAGAAAAUGGCUU